AUGGUCACAAGGGAUGAUAAUAAUGGAAAGAAACGUGUGGUUAGAGAAGUAGGGGAGAUUACUCCAUCUAAUAUUGUCCCCACUCAAUCACAGGCUACAACCAGAGGCAAUGUUUUAGGGGACUUAACGUCAAAUAGCUUUGUUGGCUCAACCAAUCAACAGAUGGUGAAUGAGACGGAUGAUUUGAUUGGUGCAGAAGGUUCUGGUACCGUGAUCAACACCACACCAGAAACGUUGACUGGUUUAACAACCUCAAUGAAACCUGUAACUACACUUGAUAUUUCUACAACACCACAACCAAUCACCGAGGACCCCAAACCCACAACCCAAAUACCCACAACUCCAAAACCUACCACAACUCCAAAACCAACCACAACUCCAGAACCAAGCACAACUCGAAAAUCCACUACAACUCUAGAACUCACCACAACCCAGAAACCCACCACAACUCCAAAACUAACCACAACUCCAAAACCAACCACAACUCCAGAGCCCACCACAAAUCUAGAACCCACUCCAACUGCAGAACCCACCACAACUCCUAAACAUUCUGCCACUCCUGAACCAUCUGUCAUACCUGAACCCUCAGUCUCACCAGAACCCUCUGCCACACCUGAACCCACCACAACACCUGAAUCCUCUACCACACCUGAACCCACCACAACACCUGAACCCUCAGUCACACCAGAACCCUCUGCCACACCUGAACCCACCACAACACCUGAACCCUCUACCACACCUGAACCCACCACAACACCUGAACCCUCAGUCACACCUGAACCCUCUGUCACACCUGAACCCUCAGUCACAUCAGAACCCUCCGCCACACCUGAACCCUCUGCCACACAUGAACCCUCUGCAACGCCUGAACCCUCUGCCACACCUGAACCCUCUACCACACCUGAACCCUCUACCACACCUGAACCCACCACAACACCUGAACCCUCAGUCACACCUGAACCCACCACAACACCUGAACCCUCUGCCACACCUGAACCCUCUGCCACAUCAGAACCCUCAGUCACACCUGAACCGUCAGUCACACCUGAACCCUCUGUCACACCUGAACCUUCCGUCACACCUGAACCUUCCGUCACACCUGAACCAUCCGUCACACCUGAACCCUCUGCCACACCUGAACCAUCUGUCACACCUGAACCAUCUGCCACACCUGAACCUUCAGUCACACCUGAACCUUCUGUCACACCUGAACCCUCUGUCACACCUGAACCCUCUGUCACACCUGAACCUUCCGUCACACCUGAACCAUCUGUCACACCUGAACCCUCCGCCACACCCGAACCAUCCGUUGCACCCGAACCAUCUGCCACACCUGAACCUUCUGUCACACCUGAACCUUCCGUCACACCUGAACCCUCUGUCACACCUGAACCUUCUGUCACACCUGAACCCUCUGUCACACCUGAACCAUCUGCCACACCUGAGCCUUCUGUCACACCUGAACCAUCUGUCACUGUAGAGCCAGAAUCUCGGUCAAAUGUUACUUCUGAGCCUGAACCAGAAGGUGAACCAGAGCCUGAACCAGAGGGUGAACCAGAGAGUGAGCCAGAAGGUGAACUAUCAGUGUUUUCUGAACCCAGACCAGACUGGGAGGCUGCUAUGGAUUUAUGGCAGUGGGGAUGGUACUUCUUCAUUUACUUCUUCGGAAUCAUGUUCCUGCUGCUGGCCUUGUUUAGUCUGCUUAGUGUGAUUAGGCUGUGGGGUAUGAACCACCUCCUCAGCAAGAACUAUUUUGUCACGCUCAACAUUCUCAUCAUCAUCAAGUGUACAUUACGCGGAUCGUACCUGCUGGUGGAUGCUCACAAUAUCAACAACACAUUCCACAACAUUGUGGAUUACUUUCUCUACAGCACAGCCUUUCCGUGUCUCACAUCCGCGUUCAGUAUUCUGUUUUAUGCACUGUUGAUUGCCACAAAGAUGCAAGUGAUUUCGCCCAAGAUUCAGAAACUAUCCGUGCUAAUUGGAAUUAUAAUGUUUCAUUUCGCUUUGUCUCUGAUCACGGACGUUAUCGUAGGAAUAUUUUCAGAGGCUCGUGUGUUAUUACUGGUGUGUCAGUUCUUUUACGUUGUGUGGGGCAUUGUGCUAUUUGUUGGAUAUUUCUACUUAUUCCGGCGAUUAUACAGCGCGGCGAUCAAGAGACAGAAAGCCAUGGUACAACAGACUCACUCCACAGGGACUACAUCUGCCACAGAGCGUACGAAAAAAAAAUCGUCAUCGAAAUACACGAUCAGUCUUUCAAUCAAGGUAACCUUCCUGGCAGCUGUCUUUGGAUUAAUGUGUGUUGCAUUGGAGUUGUAUGGAAUUUUCGGUGUAUUUAAAUUAUUAAAAACGGGCCACACCCCAGAGGCGUGGCCUUGGUAUACAUACAAAUUCCUGUUGCGGCUCAUGGAGCUGCUUAUGUGUGCCACUAUGGUAUAUGUGGCAUCACAGCCACUGAAAUAUAGACGACGGGCAGAGGAGAAGUAAUUGUUGGCUAUACAUGAUGCCAUUUAAGCGAAUUUGUUGUAGCUGUGGAGGUCAGGGGUCAAACGAAACCACAGACACCUCUACAAACUCCGACGGGCAUGCAAUGUCAGAAACCAGUAAGGAUUUACAGAAAAAUAUGAAAUUUUUCAAUAAAGGUGUCCAGGAAGUGCAAUCGGAGACCGUAUUGAAACCACGUGUGACAUACGCACCUCAUCUAAACGGCCAUUUUCACCGACAAGUUUCGGAGACUCCAUCUCACCUUGUGAUAGAGGAUGGUCUGGUACGAUUUCGUAGUGAUGAGGAAUUAAACUACUGUGAUUCAGAAUUGGCAACAAGUCUUCCCGACCUUGUCAAUGGAAGUGCUAUGAGGGGUAACGUGUUAAAUGGAGAAACACUUGCAAAUGGUGCUAUUCCACUCGGAGUCCUCAAUGGAGGUUUCUUCAGAACUGAGAAUGAGGCUCAAAAUAACAACAAUAAGACACAUCAGGGAGUGACCAGUGGUCAGUAUGACCAAUAUAAAAAUAGCAUGGACCUAGAGCGAACCAGUAUAGGGACAACGGGCACGGUGGACACCAUGCGUCCCAUGUCUGCUCUCAAUCUCGCGGCCAGUAUGGAGUGGGAAUUCGAUAGGGUGUAUGAACGUAGUUUUGUAGAGAGUGACUCGAGUAGUGUUAAAAGUCUGCCCAAUGUUGUACCUUUAUCACCGAAGGAAUCUAGUUCCGAGAGCCGACCUCUUGUUGACCAAUCACCUAGUCACGACUUGUAUGCCAACCAAUCAGACCACAGACGGGACAGUUUUCCACUUGAUAUGAAUCAGGUAUCGCUGGAUAUGAGCUCAGAUAAUUCAUCACCAAGUGAUGCUCCGUGUUCUCCGAGCUCACCGACUCGUAAACCUUUAAUAACAAAACGUAUGAGUCGACAUGCCUCAACAGACUCGGAAUGUUUAGACAGAUUUAAGGCCAAUAUUUACACUUCAUAGCAUGAAACAGUUGGUUGAUAUACUCUUGAUCUAAAAAUCUAAUCCCAACAUUUUCUCAUCAUAACACAGAAUUUUGGGCUCGACAUGGGGUGGGCUUAUUCGAGGACAACAAAAGAAACAUAUUCUUUAGUAUCAUUUAGAUGUUGGUGGGCUUAUUACAAGGCUUUAUUGCCAGAUAAAUUACGUAAAUAAUACAUGUAUGAUUUAAGGUUUUACAUGUUUUGUAUGGAAAUGUGUGAAACUUAUUAAGAAUAAAUGAAGAAAAUAGAAGAAAAUUCCGUAGUGAAGUUGAGCUCAUGUUUGAGUUUGUCAAUGUCCACCACCCACCACUGACUUUACCAAAUAUGAAGGAAACCAUUUAAUAAUGGUAAAAAAACAAAACAAAUAUAAACACUUUAUUUAAUGAUGUCUUAAAGUUGUGAUGAGAUCGUGAGAUUGUCCAUACUACUGAGAAAUGGGGCCUUUUGCAAUGUUUGAUAUGAUAACUGUUUAUAAUAGAAUAUUUUUCAAAUCUAACCGUGUUUUUAAAGUACUGUAUUUGAUGUAGGACCAUACUAACAUAUAUGAUCAAUGUAGAUAAAAAUUACUUAUAUCACAUCAAAAUCAAAUGAUUUUUUAAUCACGAAAUUCAUUUAUUAUCAUCAGUUUCUCAUCGAUUUGUUCAUUAUAUAAUAAAGAUGACUUGUGUAGUAAUGUUUCCGGUAAAACAAUUUAAAAUCCAACAUAGUUGCUGCUAAUUGAUCAGUGGUAUCUAGUGGACCACCUGAAACUGUUGCCAUAGCAACCAGUGCAGAGAUGCAAACUCCUGACAUUUUAAUUAAUUAAUUUUUUCUUUGAUGUCUGUUUGCCUUUUUUUUUUAUUGAAUCAAAAGUUCAGUAAAGGAAAUUAAAGGGAAAAAAAUCUUAAUUAUAAGAUCUGUCUCAGUGAUUUGUUAGAAGGGAUAACACUGUCGGACAGUAUAUUAGUUCAGACGAAAUGAAAUAUAAUUGUUAGUCUGCCAUUGUAAACAAGUCUGUUUUAACAAUACAUGUUUAAACAGUGUUCGUGAUUACCCAUUCUAAUUCUGCCCCUUUCUGAUUACCCCCCUUUCUGAUUAUCCCCCUUUCUGAUAAUGUCCCUUUCUGAUAAUGUCCCUUUCUAAUUCUACCCCAUUCUGAUUCUGCCCCUUUCUAAUUAUGCCCCUUUCUAAUAAUUCCUCUUUCUGUUUAUCCCCCUCUCUAAUUCAAGUAACCCCUUUCUGAUUAUGCCCCUUUCUAAUUAUGCCCCUUUCUAAUAAUUCCUCUUUCUGUUUAUCCCCCUCUCUAAUUCAAGUAACCCCUUUCUGAUUAUGCCCCUUUCUAGUUAUGCCCCUUUCUAAUUCAAGUAACCUCUUUCCAAUUAUGGCCCUUUCUAAUUCUGACCUCCCUAAACCUGACUUAACCCAACUGUCUUUUUUCCAAUAUCACUCACUCCCUUAGGUUUUGAAUGAUAAACCAUUGUCCAGUCCUCUCCUCAACCCCUCUGCUUCUCUUUCCUCUCAUUUCCUCUGUCAUUCCUUUCUUUCUCUUCAGCUUCUGAUCUGCCUUUCCUACUCAUGCCCUCAUUUCGCACACCUCUCCAUAUUUGACCAACUGACCCAGAAGAAGAAACACAAUGAAUCGGAAUAAAAUUAAAUAAAAAGGGUUCGAAUUCCUCAUCUGGCUUUUUGCCUGCCCUUUCCCUUUAUCUUGACUAACAUGUGUGGCGGUAUAUACAUACCUCCUAAUCAGACGGAAUCAAAAUCAUGUCAGAAUCUCCUUAUAGAAAACAGCUGCCGUUUGUCAUUAAUCUUAAUACAUUCCUGUCUUAGCAAUUUUGUCAUUUUUUUUCUCUUUGUUUCCAGUUAUAUAUUUUGUAUUGUUUGUAUACAUGACCUGAUGGUGAAUUGGACGAUAUAUGUCGGCACAAAAUGUACAGAAGGAUUCGUGAUGUUUUUAUAUAAAUAUUCACUGUACAUGUAGAUUCUCAACCAGGAACUAUCAUUCUUAUUGUCCAUAGAUUUGUGAGUUCAAAUUUCUUGACCAACUUUUGAAUCGAUAAAAGAUAAUUAUUUCUUUUCUCUUUAGAAUUCCAUCAAAUUUGAGAUUUAAUACUUUAUAUGUAGAUGAAAUAUGACUUUCAAUUAUUUUGUUUUUUCAUUGAGUCUUGUUCAGUUGAUUCAAUAGCUCCUUAGCUUGAUAACACAAAGCAUUUAUAUACAUUGUAGUUUUCCCACAUUUUUCACUUUAUCAGUCUAACACGUUAAAUUGUCUCUGGUGGAGCAAGAAAUGAAAAAAAAACAUUUCUGAGCAGAAAUAUUAUAGGAUACAUUGAGAGGAAAUGGAUAUUAAAAGUGGACACGAAUCUCUUUGUUAUAAAAAAGUGACCAAAAGCUGAUUUUUUAGUCAAAUUAUUGUUUGAGGUUAAUUUUGAGAUAAAAUUGAAGUGAGAAAAUGUCAGGGUACAAAAUUUAUAUUUAUUUUUUUUGCGAAAAAAAUACUGACAUAUUUAGAAAUGUAGAUAUAUUAUAUAUAUAUGUAUGUGUGUAACAUGUGUUGAGUAAUAUAUUACUACAGGACUAAUGAGUUCUCAUCGGGAACUCUAGAAAACUCGUAUUUAUUAAACUGAUUCUAGUCUGUUUGAGAAAGCAUGGCUGUGUGAAAGUUGUGGUAUAGUUUUUGUGUAAUCUGUGUAGAAUGUAAGAAGUUGUUCAAAUAUUUAGUCUUGAUUCAAUGAUCCGAAAUACAUGUACUUUGACACUAACUUUACUCAAUGUUAAAAUCAAAUUAUAAAGAGUUCAGACAUAGGGCAAACAAGAGAAAGUCUGAUCCAACAAAAACUAUCCCUAUUCAAUCACUCACAAAAGAUCUUAUAAGUUUGAAAAUCAGUGAAAAGAUAUUUAACUUGUAGAAUUCGGUUUACCAAAUCUUUAGAUUGAGCUAUCUUAGGAUCCUUUUCAUUUACAAUACUUUAUGUUAUAUAUCAGCUGUUUAAAAAAAUACAUCAUAUCAAAUUACUUAAAAGCAUGUUUACUGAGAACAAUAUGGCUACCCUGGCAGAAACAUGCACUAAUCAUAGGUCUAAAUUUGGAAGUUCGAUAAUGCUUUCAAAUUGGCAGACAUUUUGGAUACCUGAGUAAUGAUAAAUCUAUCUGUGUCACUAGGCCUUGUAAUUUCUGGAAAUAUUUAAUUCAACAUUGUGUGACUCCUUGUUUUUAGCAAUUCAGUUGAAAAGGAGUAAAGAAAAUAAAUUGUCGAUACCAGCAAAAAUUUUGCCAGAUCAUGACCUGUUUAUUUUACCUGUAUUUGAGUAUUCAUCGAAAUCCAUUUCAUAGAAUUUGAUUUUAAGUUCAAAGUGUAUUAUGUUUACAGAUGAUAAUGAAAAUAGAUUAAAUGGGAAAAAAUAAUGAACAAAUCUGUUAACCGGUAAAAGGUGGGAAAUCAAUUCUUUGAGUGUGUUUGUAUUAAAGAGCUGUGGAUCUGUCGUGUGAUUGGAAAUGUAGCUGCGAUCAAGCAUGGAUGUGAUGCGAGUGUUGAGUUAACAAAGUCGGGAGAAUGUUUUGUGUAUGAGAGGUACGUAGACUACCGAUAUGUUUAUGUAAUGUUUUUUUUUGAAGAAACAAGGUGCUAUAUUCAUCAUAAAAAAAUUAUAAACCUUAAAA